AUGGAAGAAAGACGUCGCCAAUACGAGGAAUCCAUCCAAAACAAGGUGUUGACAGAGUAUAUUAGAAUAAUAAACAUUCCCAUCGGAGACCAUAAGGAAUUCAAUCUUAUGUGUGAUGAUUUUCUUGCCAGAGUCGGGCUAAUGAUUUUGCUUAUUUUGGGUAGUCUUAAUAUUCAACAACGAUUAAAGGAGGGGAUUAAAGAACCAGAAAUCCGUAUCAAACGUGCAAAAAUUAAAGUGGAAGGCCUGGGAAGUUUUGACCCUAUUGUACUAGCAUUGCGCCUGAAAAUGGAUUGUGCUCACUGGAAUGGGUCACCAUUCGAGGAACUUCUUGACUUCAAGCUCCAAAAGGAAUAUAAAGAGGAAACGAUGCAUAUUAGCGAAUUACAUUUACCGGGGCUUGGGAAUAAGGAAAAUCUUCCGCCUGAAGCAUCUUAUUUGGAGGCUGUGGUAGGUGUGGCUUAA